AUGUGUGAGUCCUUUCGCUAUUCAGUGGUGGAGGAAAAGAAAAGUGGGUCUCUGGUGGCAAAUGUGCUGAAGGAUUUGAGAGUGGAUGCAAAGGAGCUGUCUGCUCGGAGAGCCCGGCUGGUUUCUAAGAGCUCCAAGCAGUAUUUCCAGCUGGAUCCUCAUUCUGGGGAUUUGAUAUUAAAGGACAAAAUAGAUCGAGAAUCCCUGUGUGGUCAGAAUGAUCCUUGUCUUCUAUUCUCCGAAAUCUUGCUGGAAAACCCAUGGCAGCUGCAUAGAAUUGAAGUUCAGAUAGAGGAUGUGAAUGAUAAUUCCCCAACAUUUUCCACAAAUCAAAUCCUAUUUCAAAUAUCAGAGCACAUUCCAACAAAUACACGAUUCCCUUUGGAAACAGCUCAGGAUUCAGACCAAGGAGAAAAUGCUAUCCAGAGCUACACCCUUAGUCCUAAUGAACAUUUUAGGCUGGAUGUGCAAAGACAAACUGAUGGUACCAACUAUGCAGAAUUGGUGUUAGAGAAACCACUAGACCGUGAGGUGAACCCAGAGAUUUCCCUUAUUCUGUCAGCAGUUGAUGGAGGGACCCCCAAAAGAACUGGAACAGUUCAAAUUAUUAUUGAUGUUCUGGAUGCCAAUGACAAUGUGCCUCAGUUUGACCAAUCUGUGUACAAAGUGACACUAAUGGAAAACAGCCCAUUGGAUACACCGGUCACAAGAGUUGAAGCCAGUGACAAGGAUAUCGGUGCCAAUGGUCUCAUCACUUACACUUUCAGCCAAGUGCCAGAAAAGGUGCUGAGAUUGUUCAAGUUAAAUAAACACAAUGGAGAACUUAUUCUCAAAGGAACACUUGAUUAUGAGGAAAUUAGUAAGUAUGAGAUGCACAUCAAAGCCACAGAUGGAGGGGGACUUUCUGCUUACUGCAAAGUCAUUGUAGAGAUUGAGGAUGCGAAUGACAAUGCUCCAGAGAUUACCAUCACAUCCAUCACCAGUCCCUUACCUGAGGACUCUCCCCCAGACACAGUGGUGGCCCUCUUCAGUGUCACAGAUGUGGACUCUGGAGACAGUGGCAGAAUUGCCUGCACCACUGAAGUCAACCUGCCAUUUGUGCUCAAACCCACCGAGAACAACUAUUACCGGCUGGUGACCCAACAGCCACUGGACAGAGAACAAGCCUCUGAGUAUAACAUCACCAUCACAGCCACAGACAGGGGCUCUCCCAGACUCACUUCCACAAGAAUACUUCAUGUUGAAGUGUCAGAUGUCAAUGACAACCCUCCAGUGUUUGAAAAGCCAUUCUAUCAAAUGCAGUUAAGAGAAAACAAUAUUCCAGGUCUUCUGAUCAAUUCGGUCCAUGCUGUUGAUCUGGACAUAGCGCAGAAUGCCAAAGUGACCUACUCGCUUUUGCCUGGGAAGGUCAAUGAUGGCCCCACAUCCUCUUACAUCUCCAUCAACUCUGAAACGGGGAACCUGUAUGCCAUCCGGUCUCUGGAUUAUGAGGAAGUAAAAGAUUUCCAGGUGACGGUGAGGGCUGUGGAUUCAGGUUCCCCUCCACUGAGCUCAGAGGUUCCCAUCCGCGUUCAGGUCGUGGAUGAAAAUGACAAUGCCCCCUUCAUCCUCUACCCUCUCCAGAAUGGCACUUCCCCCUCACAUGACCUGGUUCCCCGAGGGGCAGAGACUGGCUACCUGGUCACCAAGGUGGUGGCUGUGGACAGGGAUUCUGCGCAGAACUCUUGGCUUUCCUACCAACUGCUGAAGGCCACAGAGCCGGGUCUGUUCACGGUGGGGACCCAGAAUGGAGAGGUGACCACCCUGAGGCCGGUCAGCAACCGAGACAGCUUCAAGCAGAAUCUGAUUGUGGUGGUCCGAGACAACGGCCAUCCUCCCCAGUCCACCUCUGCCACGCUCAGAAUCCUUCUAGUGGACGGCUUCUCUGACCCUUAUCUGAAAAGUGUGGCUCUCCCAAAGGAGGAAACAGUGGAGGAGGAAGACCCCAGCCUGACGAUGUAUUUGAUCAUCUGCUUGGCUGCCAUCUCAAGCAUCUUUCUCAUUUCUGUAGUGGCGUUUGUUGUAAUCAAGUUGCAGAAACGUGAAAAGUUCAUAGGAACCUACAACUCUGGAGCCAAUUUCCCGGUGGGACCUGAUUCCCAGGAGAACUCUGUGGAUUCUGGUGCUGGAUCUCUAUCCCAGGCUUACAACUAUGAGGUGUGCUUAGCUGGUGGGUCUCUGAACAGUGAGUUCCGGUUUCUCAGGCCCCUGUUUCCUGUUUUCUCUGUGGAGCCUCCUAACACUCAGGUGAAUCCAAGGAGUUCCAAUGAUUCUGAAGGAGUCCACAGUCAUGCAGGUGAAAGUCAACAUAUCCUCCAGGUGAGAGUACCAUUUGAAUCCCUUUUGUAUGGUUUCAUUUCAAACUGUAUCUGCUACUUUCUUGAUGAAUAUUAUCCUUUGUUUCUUCCAGAAUAAAUGAAACAUAACCUCAAGUAUUCCUCUCAAAACAUCAGAAAUAAUAGUUUCUUAUUUUCUUCUGUUUGAGUACUAUGUUGUUUUUUCCAUAAAAAUAUCGUAUUGAUCUUUCACAUCAUUCACAUUAUGUGAUUAUGUGAUACCUUACUACAUGAGUUUCUAUAUCACUAAAUCCUAUUCCCUUUCUCUUCUCAAUAGAAGUGGCCAGUCGAUGACGUAUUGCCGAAAAACUGAGAGGGAUAUAAUAGCCUUUUUGGAGAAAAUAUACAAUAUUGCAACUGAGGGAGAACCUCCAUGAUUUAUUUCUUUUGAAAAACUGCAUAUUGUUACAGUUCUUCUUUAGAAAAUAUAUCUGCAUAGUGCAUUCUAAGAUUAAAAGAUCACCAUGCUUACGGAUGGCUCACAAAAUGUCAGCAUUUUAAAGUGCAUUUAUUCUAAUAUACACAUUUUUGUUUACAAUUUCCCUUAAUAUAAUGCAAUGUUUAUGCAUUUCUAUUCACACUUUCUCUGAUAUACACAUUCCUGCACACAUUUUUUGCUUGGAAAAUUGCACUGCAAAAUUUGGAGAAGUAUGGAUUUCGAAGGACAGUUGCGUUUCAAGUCUCAAAUAGUUUUUGGAAGUGUGGGUUAGGUGGUGAACUGAAUUUCUCCCCCUCCCUUAUGCUUAACAGGACUAAAAAGAAAGAGACUGAAAUACAUGUAAGCAAUGAGAGGUUUUCAACAAGAAGCAAGCCUUCAUCUUUAUGGGCAUAUUAUCAUAAUUUCCCCCAACAUUUCCUGGGUACUUUCCUUGUAGCAAAAUAAUCUGCUAUGAACAGAGUACCAGUAAAGCAAAGCCUUUUCUGUUAGGUAUAUUGCUAUGUACUGAAGUUCUCACCCUGGGCCAGCAGGGGGAUACUGUAGAUAGUUAUGCAAAUAAGGGAUCAAAAAUGACAUUCAGUGAUUGGAUAGUUUUAGAAAAUUGUUACAGUUACACUGUACUGGAGCUCUAUAUAAGCAGGCUGACUGAACCCUUCAGCUCAGUUCUGUCCUGGCCUGUGAAUAAACAAGAGCUGUUUGAAGAAUCGCUGUGUUGUCUGAUAAGUUCACCCACAACUUAACAUAUAUCAUUCAAUGAGUAUCCAUUCGAAGAAUACAGAAUUGGUGGGGAGGCUUAUUCGAGUUUCAGUCUGCAGACCAUGAAUAUAAAAUAGAGUGUAAAAUGAAAAGUGCCUUUUGGACACUCCUUUUCUUUGUAUUUGUGGCUUUGAGGACGGCAGCUCUCAUUCCAAAAUCAGAAGUAAGGGUAGAAGGGCUUCAUAAACUCUUCAUUUGCAAGACAACCAUAGGAUGAAAAACAACCACAGCAGUAAGAAAGGCAAACAAUCAGUACAUUUUAAAAUAAGGGAAUAACAAAAUCCAUGAACAGAAAUAGCUAAUAAAUAUAGACCAAUUUGACUCAGAAGAACGCAUCUUCCUUUUAAUAAUUGUGGCCUAGUUUUUAUUGCUACAACAAGGAACUUGGCUAUAUUUUCCUCUCUUCUUAGGGUUGGAGUUUACCAUUAAAACUGAAAUACAGAAUUCCUCUGCAUUUCCCAAAUGUAGAGAAAGUGUUGGUGAGAUAAACUGGGAUCUCAUAUCCCUAUAAAAUGCAGUAUAGGAGAACAUGAGCAGAUGUUUCGACUGAACCAUUUUUGCAAGGGCAAACUCUCAAGUGCCAAAGCAGCCUUGUAAGCUGACUUCUACAAAGUCAGAGAUAUAACUGUUGAUGCCAAAGCACCCAACCUAGCCAUUGGAAAUCACCUUUUGUAUCUAGGGGUAUUUAAUAUUUAAAUACCAAGCAAGUUGAUAAUUACUACUAGGUUGCAGACUAAGGUAAAGUGGUAUGCAAACUCCUUUUGUCAGGGCUAAUGAAUUUUGCAAGUUAAGAUCUUGAAGUCUGUGUUAACCCAAGUGGCAGCAGAUGGGGUAGUGAAUAGGCAGCAAUGUUAACACCAUUGUUGUUGUUGUUAGCCAAAAACAGAAAUAUUUAUCAACAAAGCCAGGGAUAGGUAGCCCAAACCUGCUGAGGUCAAGAUAAAUAUAAGCAAUGCUAGGAACCGAUUGCUAUUGUUUUCCAAGAACAAAUACCUGCUUCGGUUGUAAGACUACAUUGGAGACAGAUCUUGGAACACAGAAAAGUAUUUCUUGGUUUCUCAAAGAAGUGGUUUGUGUUGUCUAAGGAUUCAUUAAUCCCCAGCAUUUAAUCUUGAACUCCAUACAUAAUCUUGGUAAACACUUUGGCUUUGUACACCUUCAAAACUGAAGCUGUAUGACGACUGCCUUUUGUAUAGUAUAACCUCAGUAGUGCAGCAAGACUAUUCAGUGCAGACAAUACAGUGUUUUGUAUCUGAUGCGACUGGGACACAAUGGACCAAAAAGGAAUUCCAGUAUUUAAAAUUAUUGACUUGCACUAUUACGUGCUCACUGACGGCUCAUUUAUAUUUUUCUUUGGAAAAAUAAUCACUUUUUGUUUUAUCAUAGUUGACUGCCAACUGUUCUGUCUUGCAGUAGCUUGGGAAUUUAGACUUCAAUCUUUUCAGAUUAACCUAAAGUUGUGAAGGGUAAUACAGCAUGAUCUGUAUAUUAAUGAACGAAUCUUUAUUUGCAUCAGCCAUUGGCCAUCACAACAAAACAACAAUACCAUAUACAUAGAAUAGAAAUAAAAGUCAGUUAUAUAAAAUACAUUUUAGGGUUUUGAAUCAGUAGUCAAAUAGUGGAUCUUAUUCCAAUUGCCCCAGCUAAAAACCUUGCAACCUUUGCUGUCACCUGCUCAUCUUGAUCUGCCAAGAGAAAACACACUGUGGCAGUGGCUGGGUGAUCCGGAAUGGACAAUAAAAGAGGGGUGAUAACCUCAUCUCUCAAGUCUUCAUAAAGAGUGCAAGCCAGAAGGGCACCACUGAUUUGUUACUGCCAUCUCCACAGGCACAUGAUCUGUAUAUAGAACCAAUGACAUCUCUGUACCAGUCAAUAUAGGCAAGUGGUACACUUGAGCAUAUAGUUCAGGAAAGAGAUCAUUCAAAUAAAUAUUUAAAAACAAAGGGGCUAGAAAACACCUCUAUGUUACCCCACAUGCAGACCCUGCAAGUUUACAGCCCUGAUUUAGAGAAGCUAUCCCGGUUUCUGAUUUGAUCCCAGAAUGCCCCACUUUUCAUUAGGAUGACCCUACUUUCAUUGGAGAAAUGUUGGCGGGUAUACACAUGCCGUUAGAAUGGGGUUCCUAACAUCACCCUUGGAAUUACAUCUAACCUGCACUUUUGAACUGCUGUAUAGCUGCCUUUUUUUAUUAUUCAGCCACAUGGUGGCAGCAGAGGCAUAUGCAUUGAUUGGAACUCAGGAUUUUGUUUUGUGAAAAAUCCCUCCGGAAGAUCACAGGGAUAUUUGAAACAAGAAGACAGCUAAGAAGACGGUCUGUGAGAAAAUAUAUAAUAUUCAGUACAGCAAAGCCAUCAGCACUGCAGCACCAAAUUUACUUCCCCAACAGCAGAGAUGGUCACUGGAUGAGAGUCAGAAAGUGUAUAUACUGGCCAGAAAUUGAAGAGGCAAACCUUGAACCAUGGGAGACUGCUUCAGGAGAAAACAAGGUCUGUAUCUUUUUCUUUUCCUUUGUUUUCCUGGAGCAUUGUAUGUUUCAAGCCAUUAUUCUGUGCCUGAAGAAAAGAAAACUGGGUCUUUGGUGGCUAAUGUGCUGCAGGAUUUGAAAUUGGGAACAGGGGAGCUCUCUGCUCGCAGAGCCCAGCUGGUGUCCAAAAGCGCUAAGCAAUAUUUCCACCUUGAUACUCACUCUGGGGAUCUGUUGAUAAGUGAAAAAAUAGACCGAGAAGCUUUAUGUGGCCAGACUGAUCCUUGCUUGCUUCUCUCACAAAUUGUGCUGGAAAACCCAUUAGAGCUCUACAGUAUUGUAGUCAAGAUAGAAGAUGUGAAUGACAAUGUUCCCAAAUUCUCUACAAAGGAAUUUGAUCUGGAAAUUCCUGAAAAUGUCUCUCCAAAUACACAUUUCCCAUUGGAAUCUGCCCAAGAUGAGGACCUAGGGAGAAAUAGCAUCCAAAACUACACUAUCAGUCCCAAUGAACAUUUCCGCCUCGAUGUUAAAAGUGAUGAGGAUGGAAACAAGCAUGUGGAUCUUGUCCUGGAGAAGCCACUGGACAGGGAGAAGGACUCACACUUUGGACUGACUCUCACAGCUGUGGAUGGAGGGGAACCACAGAGAACAGGGACAGUUCAAAUAAAUAUUGAUGUUCUUGACAUCAAUGACAAUUCCCCACAGUUUACUCAUUCAGAAUAUAAAGUAAGGUUAAAGGAAAACAGCCCACAGGGCACUCUGGUCUCCAAAGUGGAAGCUACAGAUUUGGAUUUUGGUUCAAAUGCACAGAUCAUCUACUCAUUCCACCGGAUGCCUAAAAAAAUACACAAUUUGUUCCAGCUAAAUGAAAUCACUGGGGAAAUCACUGUUUUAGGUCAAGUUGAUUUUGAAAAAGAAACCAGGUAUGACAUGAAAAUUAGAGCAACAGAUGGAGGGGGCCUAUCAGGGCACUGCAAGGUUCUGGUAGAGAUUGAGGAUGUGAAUGACAAUGUCCCUGAAGUGUCCAUCAUAUCCAUCACUAGUCCUCUGGCAGAGGAUUCUCCCCUGGAGAAACUUGUGGCUCUCUUCACUGUCACAGACCGAGACUCUGGAGACAAUGGCAGAACCAUGUGUUCUGUGGAGGUAAAUCUUCCUUUUAUGUUAAAAUCCACUAUGAAUAACUAUUACCAGCUUGUGGUCCAAAGCUCCCUGGACAGAGAGAAGGUCCCGGAAUAUAAUAUCACCAUCACAGCCGUUGACCAAGGCUCCCCCAGGCUCACUUCAACAAGAAUUAUUAACGUUCAGAUCUCAGAUGUCAACGACAACCCUCCAGUAUUUGAAAAGUCUUCAUGUGAAAUGCAGAUACGGGAAAACAAUAUUCCAGGGCUGCUCAUUGGCUCAGUCCAUGCUGCUGAUCUGGACACUGAGAAGAAUGCCAAGGUCACCUACUCCCUUUUGCCUGGGAAGGUCACUGAUGGCCUUGUGGCCUCUUACAUCUCAGUCAACUCUGAAAGCGGAAAUCUGUAUGCCCUCCGAUCUCUGGAUUAUGAGCAGAUCAAAGAUUUCAAAGUGACGGUGAGGGCUACAGAUGGAGGGUCUCCUCCCCUCAGCUCAGAAGUUACUGUCCGAGUCGUAAUCCUAGACGAAAACGACAACGCUCCCUUCUUCCUCUACCCUCUUCAGAACAGCACAUCCCCCGCAAUGAGCUGGUUCCCAAGUCGGUGGAGGCCGGCUACCUGGUCACCAAGGUGGUGGCUGUGGAUGGAGAUUCUGGCCAGAACUCGUGGCUUUCCUAUGAGCUGCUGA